UUUUUUCUCUGGACGGAAGACGGCAGCAGUCAGAUAAGAUAGAGCAAAUGUAGUUUAUGCAGCGUUUUAGGACAAUUUUAUGUUGGUGUUAUGUCUGUAUGUUAUUUUUCGGUAGAUCAGUGGGCUUUUCUAGUAAACAGCCGUUUUUGUCAGCUCGGUCGUUCCGCUUAAUAACUCUGAGACGUUAGUUUCCGUUAGUUAACGUUAUGUUGAGGAUUGCUAACUUAGCACUGAAGUUAGCAGUGUCGAGGAAACUAACGGUUAGCUAACAGUUAGCUAACGCCUGCUGUACCAACACCAAGGCCGGGGGCCGAGGAUAAUAACUGCUAUUUUACAUGUUCAUUUUACUACCAAUAAGAUUAUUUAUUUAGUUAGCUGGCAUUUUGGUUAGCUCGCUCGCUACGACGACUGUUAGCAACCUCUUUAGUCUGGCUCGCUGAGUUGAGUUAGAGAGAGAAAGCGAUACGUCGUUGUGAAAACUGGCUCAGCUUUCGCUUUUUUUCCUGUUUAUGAUGAAGUAGCUGUGGGCUGAUCCAGCCGCUAUGGUGUCUGCAAUACCGCUGCACCUGCCAAGUUGAACGACUGACAGUGAGACACCUGGUCCAGCAUGAAGGCCCUCGGAUCCAGAUUCUCCUUCCUUCUGGGUUUUGCGGUGGGAACCUUCACACUGUACGUGUUUCUGCGGAUGGUGUGGUUUGAGAGGGCUAUGUCAGCACAACAGCCCAGCAGCUUUGAUAAACUUCACGACUACCAGCAACAACUCCAGGAAGAGGAGAAACUAUGGAAGAAGGAGAGGUCUGCUCUUUUCAACCUUAGGCACCCUCAUCGUAAAGGUGAGGAUAGUGGCAUGGCUGAUGAGCUAUACAAAAAGGUGCGUAUUCUUUGCUGGGUGAUGACUGGACCAAACAACCUAGAGAAGAAGGCUCGCCAUGUGAAAUCCACGUGGAGUCGCCACUGCAACAUUGUUGUCUUCAUGAGCUCUGUCGAGGACCCUGACUUCCCUACGGUGGGUUUGGGUACAAAAGAGGGUCGAGACCAGCUGUACUGGAAAACAAUCCGAGCCUUCCAUUACGCCUACGAGCAUCAUGCCCAUGAGGCGGAUUGGUUCCUCAAGGCAGAUGACGACACUUACGUAAUUGUAGACAACCUAAGGUGGGUUCUUUCGAACCACACGCCGGAUGAGCCGAUUUAUUUUGGACGAAGGUUCAAGCCCUACACCAAGCAGGGCUACAUGAGCGGCGGUGCAGGCUAUGUGCUCAGCAAAGAGGCUCUGCGGCGAUUUGUAGAAGGAUUUAAAAGCAAACUGUGCACUCACACUACCUCUGUAGAGGACCUGGCAAUGGGGCAGUGCAUGGAGAAAGUUGGGGUGCUAGCAGGAGACUCCAGAGACACUUUGCACAGGGAGACAUUUCACCCAUUUGUCCCGGAGCAGCACCUCACUGCCAAGUUUCCCAAGAGCUUCUGGUACUGGAGUUACUGCUACUACCCCAUCUCAGAGGGUCCAAACUGCUGCUCGGACGUGUCUGUAUCAUUCCACUACGUAGAUGCUUCACACAUGUAUUUAUUGGAGUACUACACGUAUCACCUGCGUGCCUUUGGCUACAGAUACCGUUACCAGCCCCCUACACCACGAGGCUACAACAUUGAGCAGUCAAGUUCCCGGGAUGCUGCAGAAGGAAAAAAGGAGCUGAAUUCUCAGGAGAAAGGGCAAGGAGAGGGGAAGGAUCCGUCCAGGACUGACAAGAGACAGGAUGCUGAUCCCCCUCCUGCCGCUGGUAAUGACCCUGCUCCAGUGGGCAAAUAAAACCAGGACUGUGUGUGUGUGUGUGUGUGUGUGUGUGUAGGGAGCUGCUCUCAUUAGGUAGGGGGAAUGUGUGUUCUGAGUGUUUGCUCAUUCUUUCUGAUUACAUUUGUUCAGAUUUCUACAAAAGAAGAAAAACUUGUCCCCACAUACAAGUGUGUGGAAUGUAAAUUGUGACUGCAAGACUGGUCUUUAGGUGAUUUAUGACUUUAACCCGUUCUUCAGGUUUGUUGGGUUCUGUCUUUGGAAUUUGGAAGAGCUUUCAAUGAGCUGCAUUCAUUUGGAAACUAACUAAAGCACCUUUUUUAGUCCAUAUGAAAUUAGCAUGGAAACCUAGUGUUUUCCAGAGCCAGUUGAAUAAUUUUAUACCAAUGUUUUAUCCUUUGAUUUUAUUACAAUCCCCCAAAACAAAUCGAUCUUCCACUCUCUACAGCGAGGUAGUUUUAGUUAGUUAGUCAAACUAGUAGUUAGACUUUGUUUCGCAUAGUUUGACUUAAUUUCACAUCGAUAAUUAUUUGCCUUGAAAAGUAAUGAGGCACAAUUAUAUUUACUGCUUAGGCGGCCCAGACAGCUGUCAGAUAAGACAUUUAAAUUAAAUUAAAAACAAAGUGCCUCAACUUGUAGAUUCAAUCAGGUGACAUUGGUAUUUCUUUUGAGCAUAUUGUGUGUUACUUUUUUAAGGCUGCGUUCAAAAUCAUUUUUCGCAAUACAGGCAAGAGUAAUGAUGCUUACAUGCUUACUGUGUAGGAAUUCAUCCUUUUUAUUUGGUCGUAAGCUGUGGUUAGAUUUUGUAUAAAGAGUCUUAUAUUUGUCUCAAAUUAUUACUAUUAUUUUUAUAAGACCAGUGCUGCAACUAGCUAGCUAUUUUAUUACUGACUUAUCUUCUGAUUAAUUUCUGAAUUAGUCAACUCAUUGUUUGAUUCAUAACAUGUCAGAAAAUUGUUAAAAUGAAUAAUAAUAAUGAUUUCCUAAAGUCUUCAAAUAGCUUGUUUUUAUGAUCAAAGGUCAAGAACACAAUCACACAAUACAUUUUUUGUUAGACAAAUAAAAGCAGCAAAUCCUCUCAAGAGAGAAACUGGACUAAUAUUGGAAUGCUUGGAAAAAUGAUUAAUGACUUAUUAAAAUAGUGGCUUAUUCUUUCUUCAGCCUUAAUCGGGUGUUAGGUGUGGAAAAAUGCCAAAACAUAACACCUAUACCACUCAAAAGUACGCCUUGACCCAUAAAAGGUUAGUUCUAAUAGGCUAUCGCUAAUAGACAUACAUUAAUGUGACCAUGACGCUUUAAACAAAGUCCAAAUGAAUACAUUUAUAAUUUCCAGCCAAAGAAUUCUGUGAGGGAUGACAACAGACUGAAGAGGAAGUCAUUGCUUGGUUAAAAGGUUGGUUACCGGUAAAUGUGUUUGUUCAAUGAAACCACAAACUUGUUUACCCGUCUAAGCCUUAUGAUCAUUUGAUUUGGAUUCCCUCCAUUCAGACAGACCUAUUGCCAGUAAAGGAGGUACUUAGACAAAUAUCUUUCUUUCUUUGGAAUGAAACUCGAUCUUCUCCAAACAUCUCUUACGAUCCAACUAUUUGUGCUUCCUAAGAAUGGCACUGGAUACACACUUCACAGUUCCCUCAUCUCUCCCGGACUUGACUCAUCAGUUUGUGCCUUGUAAAUUUGAGAUUGUAUGAGCUGUCAGCUGCACACACGACUUUGCACUGUGACAUUUCCACGAUGAGAGUGAUGCUUUCAGACAUUAUUACAUCCUUCCACUGUAAUGAGUAUGGCCUUUGGGCAAGCCAGUGAUUGACUUGUUCAUGACAGCAUCUUUUAAAUAAGCAAGAUUUUUCUUUUGUUUUAUAUCAUUUUAGUUACUACAAUUUUUAGGGUUGUACCAAAUAGUUUGAAGCUUCGCUCAUAACAUUGACAUUUGAAUUCAAAAUCAACAUUUGAAUGCUGCGCAGCUUCAUCUGUUGCGUUAUAUUAAUCUAAUAUAAUUUUGUACAAAUUCGACUAGUGCAAUAUCCAAAAAUGUUUGUUUGGUUCAAAUCCUCGCAAAAACAUUCCACCAGGAUAAUUUUAAUAUUUGUUAAAUGUUUAAUAAACAAUUAAAACGGACUAAUUUAAUUGGAUAAAUUGCUUUAUUUUAAUUUUGUCUGAAUGAGGAUUUAAAGGUUUUUUUUUAAGGGUUAUGAUGUCAUAAAUUAUGACGACAGACAUCUUCAAAGGCUUAAAAAAAAUAAAAAUGGUACAGCCCUAAUCAUUUUUAAAUUCUUGGUGGGCCAGACCUUUUGUGUUGUAGUAAGUCCAUAGUGUAUAUUUAAAAGUAUUCAUAAAAAAUUCCUUUCCUACUUUGUAACCAAAUGGGAUUAAUUUUGUGGGAGAUACAGUAAUUACCAAAUACAGAAACUGGCUUCAGGCAGGAUUCAGUGAUGUUUCAAACGAAGCAAAUGUGUCAUUUAUGUGAAAAUCAAAUGCACUUUUUAGUGUUGUAAUUGUUGUUUUUCGUUUUUAACCACUUUAACCUCUUAUUCUCCUUCAAGGUUAAAAAAGAAUGAGGUAACUAAUGCCUAUAAAAAUGCCUUUUGUACGUGUUUACGCUCAGUUUCCUUCUGUACAUGAGCACAGAGCAUGUUCACUUUGUUUUAUUUCUAUUAAAAAGGAAAGGUCCAGUUUAAACCAAAUCAACAUGUUUUACACCCACAAUGUUAUCCUUUGAAAUUAGUUUUGAUUUAAUUUCAGCAACAAAAGACUUCAGUGCAGAUUCUUACUACCAAACACUUUGAUAACCAACACAUCUGGCUUCUGAUCCAACACAUCAGUCCUUGACAAUCUACUCCCAACAUUCAAAUUUUAUCAAAGGGAAAGGUGUACAGUACUGUAUUUAUAUAUGAAAUGUAUUUAUGUUGGUAUUGACGUCAAAAUUGAGUCUAUACACUUAAGUGUGUAAAUGAGUUUUGUGUGAGUGUGUGUGUGAGCACACGUGAUCAGUGUGUAUGGUCGUUUUCAGUGAAUGGUACUUUAAUCACUAUAAAUAAAUGCAUAUUUUAUUGUA